GUCAAAGCCCCACAAAUAGUUGGCGCCACCAGGUAGCAUGGCUCUUUAACGCGACAAAAACAACCGAUAAAGCUCAAACAUAGGCUACAGUACUUACGCCAGUCUUGGAACAGUAUAAGGAGACAAGGGAAUGAAAAAGGAGCUAGUGUGAAAUCAAGACACGAAUUAGGACGUUGCAUUGUAGCCUACAUUUACAAAAUCCAGUCCUCCCCCUCGUCAAGCUCCCCCUUUUUUAAGCAAAGACACAAUAUCGGACGGUACGCAAUUGAAAAAAGGUACGAGGAAGACACGUGUGUAGAUCGGUGGCGAUAGUCGAGGCACACAGAGGAGACGACAUGAAGCUGGGAGGCGGGAGAAGGGGCGGAAGGCGCGGAGAGGAGAGGGGCGCCGGAGUUUGUUGAGGAGCGGGAGGAAGGGACGCGCGCGGCACACUGUGCGUGAUUGGAGAACCGAGGAUCCUGGUGCGAGGCGAGCCACAGCAGCACUAGCAGCACACAGGUACAGCUCGCGCUCUCUCAGCCGUUACGGGACACUAUAAGAGCCGUCAUUUGAACACGUUGAACAAGCGUUGAUUGAUUCCUUCCACGGUGGGAGAGGAGAGAGAGGCUGGUCCAUGAGGUUAUGUGACUCUGCCCGUCUCAAGCUGUUACUAUGGAAGCCAACUCUGCCUUAUAAUUGGGGGAGCUGGGAGUUUCUUUCGUCCAAUGAGAUAAUAAUUUUGAUUCCUCAAGUUCCAAUGCUUUCCUCAUCUCUGUUGCCGUGAGGCUCUUGAAAAAAACGUUGAAGAGCAGAAACAGUUGACCACGAGGCAGACUGUCGACGACGCCAACCACCACGACCACCGCUUGGAAAACCUCUUCUGCCCAUUACACAUUGCAAUGACAGUUCCAUAGAACACCUGUUUCCUGGCACAGCUCUAAGCCCGUCGUAGCCAUCAUGACGCCCGCCGACCUGACCAAUAAGAUGCUCUGGUUGCUGCUAUGCUUUGCCAUGUGGGCGGGGCCUAAGGAAGCCCUCACUACCCAAUCCAAUGAGCGGCGAGUUGUUGCCCACAUUCCCGGUGAUAUCAUCAUUGGAGCGCUGUUCUCCGUGCACCACCAACCCCCUGCGGACAAGGUGCACGAGCGCAAAUGCGGUGCGGUGCGCGAGCAGUACGGGAUCCAGCGCGUGGAGGCCAUGAUGCACACGCUGGACCGCAUCAACGCCGACCCCCGCAUCCUGCCCAACAUCACGCUGGGCUGCGAGAUCCGCGACUCCUGCUGGCACUCGGCCGUGGCCCUGGAGCAGAGCAUCGAGUUCAUCCGCGACUCCCUGGUCUCCUCCGACGAGGCCGACGAGUGGGGGGCCGGGGGGGUUCACGGUGGAGGAGGAGGAGGCGGUGGGGGCGCAGGAGGAGGAGGAGCUCCCAGGUGUGCGGACCCGGCGGCCACGCCCAUGAGGGGGAAGAAGCCCAUCGUGGGUCUGAUCGGGCCGGGGUCCAGCUCGGUGGCCAUCCAGGUGCAGAACCUCCUGCAGCUGUUCAACAUCCCGCAGAUCGCCUACUCCGCCACCAGCAUGGACCUCAGCGACAAGAGCCUGUUCAAGUAUUUCAUGAGGGUGGUGCCCUCAGACGCUCAGCAGGCCAGAGCCAUGGUUGACAUUGUAAAGAGAUACAACUGGAGCUACGUGUCCGCCAUACAUACUGAAGGUAACUACGGCGAAAGUGGGAUGGAAGCUUUCAAGGACAUGGCAGCCAAAGAAGGAAUCUGUAUUGCACAUUCUGGUAAGAUCUGGAGCAACGCCGGGGAGCACAGCUUCGACCGGCUGCUGGAGCGGCUGCGCGCCCACCUGCCCAAGGCCCGGGUAGUGGCCUGUUUCUGCGAGGGCAUGACCGUCCGCAACAUCCUCAUGGCCAUGCGGCGGAAGGGCCUUGUGGGGGAGUUCCUUCUGAUCGGCAGCGACGGCUGGGCCGACCGCUAUGACGUGACGGACGGCUACGUCCGCGAGGCGGCGGGGGGCAUCACCAUCAAGCUCCAGUCGGCGGACGUCAAGUGGUUCGACGACUACUACCUGAAGCUGCGGCCGGACAACAACCACCGCAACCCCUGGUUCCCCGAGUUCUGGCAGCACCGCUUCCACUGCCGGCUCAAGGGACACCCCCAGGAGAACCCCAAGUACAACCGCACCUGUAGCAGUGAGUACGGCAUUCCUACCUUCAAGCGCGAGUCUCUUCGCCAGCAGUAUGCCCAGGACACUAAGAUGGGGUUUGUGAUAAACGCCAUCUACUCCAUGGCGUACGGCCUGCAUAACAUGCAGCAAGCCCUCUGCCCCGGCUACCAGGGCCUCUGCGAUGCGAUGCGACCCAUCGAUGGAGCCACACUGCUGGAUUUCCUCAUGAAAACCAACUUCACAGGCGUGUCCGGGGAGGGGAUCCUGUUCGACGCCAACGGAGAUUCACCUGGCAGGUAUGAGAUCAUGAAUUUCAAGAAGAUGGGCAAGGACUACUACGACUACAUCAAUAUCGGCACCUGGGACCGCAGGGGCUUGAGGAUCGACGACGACGAGGUCUGGGCCAGCAAGGACGCCAUCCUGAAGUCUGUGUGCAGUGAGCCCUGUGAUAAAGGACAGAUCAAGGUGAUCCGUAAAGGCGAGGUGAGCUGCUGCUGGACCUGCACCCCCUGUAAGGAGAACGAGUUUGUGUUCGACGAGUACACCUGCCGCGCCUGUGAACUUGGCUCCUGGCCCACCGACGACCUCACAGGCUGUGAUCCAAUCCCAGUGGAGUAUCUGCGCUGGGGGGAUCCUGAGCCAAUCGCUGCCGUUGUCUUCGCCUGUCUGGGCCUCAUGUUCACAUUCUUUGUGACGGCUGUCUUCAUCAGGUUCAGAGACACCCCGGUGGUGAAGUCCUCCAGCCGGGAGCUUUGCUACAUCAUCCUGGCUGGGAUCUGUCUGGGCUAUCUGUGCACCUUCACACUCAUCGCCAAGCCCCACGUCAUGCACUGCUACCUGCAGCGGCUGGGCAUCGGCCUGUCCCCCGCCAUGAGCUACUCUGCCCUGGUCACCAAGACCAACCGCAUCGCGCGGAUCCUGGCCGGCAGCAAGAAGAAGAUCUGCACCAAGAAGCCGCGCUUCAUGUCGGCCUGCGCCCAGCUCAUCAUCGCCUUCCUGCUCAUCCUGCUGCAGCUGGGUAUCAUCGUGGCUCUGUUCCUCAUGGAGCCCCCGCAGGUGAUCCACGACUACCCCAGCAUCCACCAGGUCAACCUGAUCUGCAACACCACCAACCUGGGGGUGGUGGCGCCGCUGGGCUACAACGGCCUGCUCAUCCUCAGCUGCACCUUCUACGCCUUCAAGACCCGCAACGUUCCGGCCAACUUCAACGAGGCCAAGUACAUCGCCUUCACUAUGUACACCACCUGCAUCAUCUGGCUGGCCUUCGUGCCCAUCUACUUCGGCUCCAACUACAAGAUCAUCACCAUGUGCUUCAGUGUCAGCCUCAGUGCCACCGUGGCGCUCUGCUGCAUGUUUGUACCCAAGGUGUACAUCAUCCUGGCCAAGCCGGAGCGCAAUGUGCGCAGUGCCUUCACCACCAGCACCGUGGUGCGCAUGCACGUGGGCGACGGCAAGUCCUCCUCGGCCGCCAGCCGCUCCUCCAGCCUGAUCAACCUGUGGAAGAGGAGAGGCUCCGCCGGGGAGACGCUGAGCUCCAACGGUAAGUCGGUGUCCUGGGCCCAGACGGAGCGCAGCAGCUCCCGGGGGAACCACCUGUGGCAGCGGCUCUCCUUCCACAUCAAGCGCAAGGAGAGCAACCAGACGGCCGUGAUCAAGCCCUUCACCAAGAGCUCGGAGGGCCGCUACUGCGGCGCCGGGGACCUGCCCCCCCACGUGCCCCUGCCCUCCAUGCCCUCCAUGCCCUCCUUCUCCAUGCACACCGACCCGGGCACCGACAAGACCCUGUACGACCUGUCGGAGGACGAGGAGCGCUACCCCAUCGCCUACCGCUCGCAGACGCCCUCGCCCAUCAGCACCGUCAGCCAGCGGCUGGGGGCGGGGCUGGGGGAGGAGCCCCCGGUGUUGAUCGUGCCUCAGUACGGCGGCGUGCCCGUGGUGGGCGGGGUUGCAGGCGGCGUGGUGGGGUGCGUGCCCGGGGGCGUGGCAUGCGUCUCGGUAGGCGGGCCGGCGGUCGCCAGGGGCGACUGUCACGUGGUCGCCGGCGCCGCCGUCGUCCACCCGGGCCAGAGCACCCUGAUGGACCAGAUCAGCUGCGUGGUGAACCGCUUCACCGCCAACAUCUCGGAGCUCAACAGCAUGAUGCUGACCGCCUCGCCCACCCACUCGCACGCGCACACACCCAACGCCACCGCCGCCGCCGACCCCUACCUCCCCCCCGACCCCUACCUCCCCCCCGACCCGUACCACCCCGCCGACCCGUACCACCCCGCCGACCCCUACCACCCCGCCGACCCGUACCUGCUGCCCCGCGACCUCCAGAUGCCCCCCACCCUCAUCGCCUACGCUGACAUCCAGCCCCUCCCCCCCGUGGAGUCCGGCCGCGGCGGCCUCCCCCUCCACAUCCCCCCUCCCCCGCCCCACUCGCCGUACCCGCCCCCUUACCCCGUGCACCAGCACCACCACCACUGUCUCCCGCUGGCCUCCCCCCGGUCCCGCUCCCCCAUGCGGGGGCUGGGCGGCCCCCCGUCCCCCUGCUCCGCCGACUCGCCGCUGCGGCGGGCCGAGCUGGAGGAGGAGCUGAUGAUGGCGCUGACCCCGCCAUCCCCGUUCCGGGACUCCCUGGCGUCCAGCAGCGGCUCCCCCGUCUCGGAGCUGGGCAUGUAUCUCCCGCCGGCGCCCUCCCACCCGCCGCCGUCGCCGCCCUCCCCCCGCUACAGCAGACUGAGCCUGCGGAACUACAGCCAGAGCUCGUCCUCGCUGUGAGGGCCCCGCCCCGCCCGGCCUGCAGGGGAGGGGCCCCGCGGAAACACAGGAGAGCAGAGGAGACGCGGCGACCACACGUCAUGGACCCAGCCAGACAGCCGGUGGAGGGGGAGGGGGGUCGCGGCGAGCUCCUCCUGUCCGUCCCCAGGUGAGGGAGGGGGAUGAGGGGACGGUGCUGCGGUCAUCAGACGGUCACACUGCUGUGUUUGUGUUUACAGUACAUUAAGGGUUUUCAGUGAGGUGCACAUACCGGACCCUGCCACUGUUUCCUAGUGUUGUCUCUCAAGAGAGGGUGAGAGCGAGAGGAGUUAAACUGCCCCCCCCCCCACACACACACACACACACACACACACACACACA